UUUGCUUUUCUUCAAGGCUGGAAAUUUUUAGUAAAAUAAUCUUUCCUCUUAUGUUUUAUUCUUGUGCAGAGAAUUCCCUUCUCCGAAUUGUCAUUUUUUUCCCUUGUUCAAAAUAUGGUUAGUGCCAUACUUGAAUUCAUGUACUUUUGUCAAACCUUAAUCAGUGUUUAAAGACAGAAAUCACCAGCAGAUUUCUUCGCAUAGUUACAAAGUUUUAGCUGUUUUCUAGAAGAAUGAUAUUCCAUGAUUUUGUUGGAAGCGUUUGGACUUCAUAAUCAAUAGAAUUAUACAGGGUCGCCACCUGAUUUGAGCUUUUAAUCCAUGGACUCAAGAAUCACAGUCAAUUCCGUUUUCAAAUCAAUUUUUCUGUUAAAAAAUAUGGAAUGGUAUAAGUGUAACUUUUGUAAAAUUCCAAGGUCAUGUAUGUCCUCCAAUGCGCAUACAAUAUAGAGGACUGCCUUUUUGGAGAAUCCAACUUUUAUCUGCAACCGCAAUGGCGGUUUUAAUCCACUGCUCUCGCUUCCCUCCCCGCUCAUGCUCCCUUCCAUCUCCACCCUCCGCCAAACCCCAAUUUCCCGGGAAGGUAGCAUCUUUUAUAUGUAAACUAGGAAACUUUGGACCUUCCUUUAAAGAUGUUAAUGAACCAGUUAAGAUUCAUCAUCUGUUGCGAGAAAGGGGUAAACAGUCCUUACUCCAUUGCCAAAAGCCGGGGGGAAAGUGGGUCUUGGAUCGUAUUUCAUCAUAUUAUGAUGAAUUUUUACAGCAGUUAUCUACUCUUGAGCUGCUGAGACAGGGGGGCUUACGGUUAGGAGUCCCAGUGACAGCAUUUCUUGCUGCCAACAUUUUGAUGUUUUCUGCUCCUUUCAAAGCCCUGGCAGAAACGUGUGAGGCUGAUAACUCCAUUUUCAAUAUGCCUUUACUGCUAUUUGUAGCCCUUAUUGGUGCCACAGUUGGAGGAUUGCUUGCACGGCAGAGGAGAGGGGAAUUGCAGCGAGUGAAUGAGCAGCUGCGCCAGAUUAAUGCUGCUCUAAGAAGGCAGGCUAAGAUAGAGUCAUAUGCUCCCAGCCUGAGUUAUGCUCCGGUUGUUGGUAGAAUAUCAGAGAAUGAAGUGGUUGUUGAUCCAAGAAAGGAAGAAUUGAUCUCUCGAUUGAAGAGUGGAAAGAAAUUUUUAAGAAAUCAAGAUCAUGAGAAGGCUUUUCUAGAGUUUAAGACAGCCCUGGAGCUUGCUCAGAGUCUAAAGGAUCCUAUUGAAGAGAAGAAGGCUGCCAGGGGUUUAGGUGCGUCAUUGCAAAGGCAAGGCAAAUAUCAAGAAGCCAUUAAAUACCAUUUGAUGGUUUUAGAAAUAUCUAAACGAGAAGGGGAGGACUCUGGAAACACAGAAGCUUAUGGAGCAAUUGCCGAUUGCUACACUGAGCUUGGAGAUCUUGAGAAAGCAGGGAAAUUCUAUGACAAAUAUAUUGCCAGGUUGGAAACAGACUGACGAAGUUGCAUCUAUAAUAAAAAUCAACCUUUUUUAUGUACUCUAAAAACAUUAGGUUGAAGAGAUAGCAGACAGCUUGCGGAGUUGCGGCUAUAGCCUUUUCCGUUUUGUCCCCGUCUCUCCCCACCUCUACCAUCAAUGUUGUUAGUUGCAGUUUGCAGAUACUGGUUUGUGAAUUUAACCAUUACUUGGUUGGGUCAAUGAUACCUUGUUCCGUUUCCCACCUUUUUCUCAUCUCCAGUAUCCAUGUUUGUAGCAGAUCCUGAAAUUAUGAAUUUAUUUUAUGUUAUUAUUGGUUGGAUCAUGCGUUGCGACAGAUGGUAUGCACUUCCUAUCAUUUAAGGUUGCACAAUAUUUGCAAUACUAACCUCAACCGGUUGAAAAAAGCAUCUUUCCUCCACAAAGGUGUGUAUAAAGGCUCUUCAAUUUAUUACAAUAAAUAAUGUCAUCAAUACAGUUCUGUAUGCCAGGCCAGUCAGCAAGUGCGAUGAAAUUAAUCUCUCAAGUUCAAACAAUGGAUCAUAAA